AUGGAAUUGGACAGUUUCGAUGUUCGGACGGACGGUGUGGGAAAUGGUUCUGCUCAAGAGCUCAUGCGGCCUUCUCGAAGAUUCGCUGUGAGUGAGAGAGAGAUUGGCGGACGAGGUCAGGUCGAGGUCCGCGGCGGAGAGAUCGGCGACGCAACCUUGGAAGAAGUGAUUGUGGAUUAUGUACUUUGGUAUGGAAGAGCUGUCCUGUGCCAAGCCAGGGGUCCGCGGGCAGUCGAGGUCCGAGUCCGAGUGCACGGCUCGUGCAAAAAAAAUCUGAAGCAUGCACACCCGAACACGGAGCAUCAAUUGAGACUUGGGAAUGCCACACUCAGGACCACUUUUGCCCUACCUUUCUAUCCUACUGUGCCAUAUCGUGCCAUCGAUGAGUGAAGAUGCAAAACUCCUUGGACGCCCCGCCGCUUGCUUGCUUGCUAAUUGAAGCCAGUAGACGAGAUCGGUCGACCUAUCUGUAUGUGUCGUAGAAGUCCUUGUGGAACUUUGUAAUUCGCGAGACCCACUCCGUGCCAGGCGCAAGGAACGUGGUUCGGAAGUGCAAAGUGCCCUCCUUCUGGCCAAAGCCGGAUCCAGGCACAAUACAUACACCUGUAGCAUCCAGGAGCUUCAAGCAAUAGAAGUCGUCGGCGUUCUUUCCUGCUUUCUCCGCGGCUUCAAUGGCUUUCUGCGGCAGCUUGAUGGUCGGGUACAGAUACAUGCUGCCCUGUGGUGGUUGACAUUCCACUCCCUCCAUUUCCUGAAAGGCGCCGUAAAGAGCCAUGGCACGCUUGUAAAGAUUGUUAAAUAUGGUGUCGUACUCUUCGCGGUAUUGCGGAUACGAUGGCUCGCCCUCUUUAGGCGGAUUCACCAUAAGCUCGACGAUGCAUUGGCCAACAACCGGCGG